CUUUUUUUGUUUUCUUCAUUAUAAACUAGAUCAAAAUGGCCGUUGCAAACUCCAAGAAAAAUACCAAGGCACCCAAGACAAGCAAGGUUGCUGCCACCAAGAAGACAGUCAGCAAGAAGGUUGCCGCACCUUCCGAUGAUGCCGAAGAGUCUGGAUCCAAGAGAAAGCGUGUUACCUUUUCCCAAAAGUUGACUGAAUCCGAACCCAAAACUAAGAAGGUCGCUGUCAGCAAGAAGAAGGUCGCUGUUACUGUGACUGAAGAUGCUGUGGAAGAGAAAGAGGAAGAGGAAACUAUUGUCGAAGAUGUCGAAGAGGAUCUCACUGAAGAACAAGAGGAAGCUUUGAGAAGAGAGAUCUUGGGUGACAUUGCUAGUAGUGAAGGAGAAGAUUCCUCUGACGAUGAGGCUGCUGAUAUUGAUAACAAUGCCAAUGUUGUUGCUUUAGAUGCUGGUGAGUUAAAGAAGAGUAUGGAAGAGACCAAAAAGACAUUCGAAAAGAAGGUCACCAAGCCCAGCAAGGCCCCCAAGGUUGAAGAAAAGGGUGUUAUUUUCCUUGGUCGUAUUCCUCACGGUUUCUACGAAAAGGAAAUGAAGGGAUAUUUCAGUCAAUUUGGUGAUAUCACCCGACUCCGUCUUUCACGUAACAAGAAGACUGGUAAUUCCAAGCAUUAUGCUUUUAUUGAAUUCGAAUCUGAGGAUGUUGCUCAAAUUGUGACUGAAACUAUGGAUAACUACCUUUUAUUCGGCAAACUCCUCCAAUGUAAAUUGAUUCCCUCUUCAAAGGUCCAUGAGAACUUAUUUGUUGGUGCCGAUAAGGUCUUCAAGCCCGUGAACACUGCUCUCAUGAACCGUCAAUGCAUCAACAAGCCUAAGACUGCUGAAGCUUUAGCUGCUAAAUGUGCCAAGCUCAUCAGUAACGAAGCUUCCAUGCGUAAAAAGUUAGUGGAUGCUGGUAUUGAUUAUGAUUUCCCCGGUUAUAACAAAUCUGCCUAAAUUUAUGUGUGUCUCCUCCCCUAUUUUAAAAAAACCGUUGUUCUAUAUUUGCUCUGUCAUCCAUGUCAUAAUUUUUACUUGUAAUUUCCAUAUUUUUUUUUUU